AUGGUGGCUGCAGACUCCGGCUUCGUCGCCGACUGGUCCGCUGACUUUGGUUCACUGUCAGCAAACGGAGACGCUGCUCUAGGAGCUGAGGAGGGGUCUCAGGGCGGGGCUAAGGGCGGGGCUCAGGGCGAGGCUCUGGACGAGGCUAAGGGCGGGGCUCAGGGCGAGGCUCUGGACGAGGCUCAGGGCAAGGCUCAGGACAAUGAGACGGCAGCUGAAGACAAGGUCAGCAGCUCCGCAGUCAGAGCAGAUGAGGAUGAGACGAGGCAGGAGGAGCGCAGGAUGUCCACCCCGGGGCUGAUCUUCACCAAUGAAUACGGAGAACAGAUUGAGGACAGCACUGAGGACAGAAGAGACAGGUGGUCCAGGUCUCCAGAUGGGUCUGGGUCAGAAUAUGAGACUGCUGAGGAGUGGGCUGAUGGAGGUCAGGGAGGAGGCUGGGCCAGUGCUGACGACGACGUUUCCUAUGAAGACCGUCCCCCGGUGGACAUCUCAGAGGGGUGGGGGUCUGGAGACAAAGGUCUGGCAGCAGAUUGGUGUCAAACAGUGGUUUCACCUGAGAACGCUGCAGCAGACAGGAAGUGUUCAGUUAAAGAAGAGGAGCUGCCAGGAACCCAAACACAGGGAGGAGGUGCGUUUGAUUCAGAUCCUUUUGCUGAAACACAGGGAGGAGGUGCGUUUGAUUCAGAUCCUUUUGCUGAAACACAGGGAGGAGGUGCGUUUGAUUCAGUAACCUCAGCUAAAGCACAGGGUGGAGGUGCGUUUGAUUCAGAUCCCUUUGCUGAAACACAGGGAGGAGGUGCGUUUGAUUCAGUAACCUCAGCUAAAGCACAGGGAGGAGGUGCAUUUGAUUUGGAUCCAUUUGCUGAAAUAAAAGGUGGAGACAAGGGGGCUGGUUUUGAAUUUGAUCCAUUCCCUGAGCACUCAGCAGAAGGGGGAGUUGUGUCCACAGGGGACAGAGGCGGGUGGGACACGGGGUCUCCUGCCGGCAGUUUCCCAGCAGCCUUCUCGGGGACUGAGGGUCCAGAAUCCAGCACCUCGUCCUGGCAGGAAGUGAGUCCCUGCAGGGGGUCUGCCGCGUUCUCCAGAACAGCAGGAGGAAUAAAAGACGGAACCGUUACCAGAACUCACAAAGAACCAGAAAAUUCAGACAUGUCCGAAGACGAGGCCGCAAACCGGAGAUUUGGAACGUUGUAUCGAGAGCUAGAAACAGAACAGGAGGUACUGACGUUCUCCUCCUCAGGGAGCUGAACUAGUUCAGACUGUAGAGCUCAGUGUGUUCUCCCCAGAUCCCACAGACAAAGUCACAAAGAGUAGUUCUCCUGAAACCAGGAUCCAGCCUGAGCUCCUCCCGCCCCCCUGAGCU